CGGGUUUUUGUUUUCCCGAUGUACAAACGGAAAACAUUAUUUUGUUGAUCGAAACCCGGUGCGCAUGCGUCGCGGUAACAACGCACCGCAGCCGGCAGUUGUUCACUAAACAUUGUUUUCUAACGUGAACUAAACCCAAGGCCGCUGCAGUUAGCCAUCAACCAUUGAAACGCGCGGCGCGUUUGUUGCCGCCACCGUUGUGGUCCCGAUGUUUUCGUUUUCCGGUCUUAUUCCACUGGCCGCGUAGGUAAACGCGUAACCGUAAUAGGUAUUUUUAUUUUCGUUUAUAAUAUCGUACGAUUUAUACGUAAACGUUGGUCCGCGUGCGCAGCGGCCGCCGUUCGAAACGAAAGUAUAACGGUUUUUCUCCACUCACCCCCGACCUACCUAAUACUACCCGCCGAUAAAAAAAAAAAAAAAAAAACACCGCGCGGUCGUUGAGGGGGCGGUUCGCGGUUCAUCAUGGAAUGGUACCGGGAACAGACCAUCCAGCUGAUCGAUUUGUUUCGGGCCCGUCCCGCCCUGUGGGACACCAGUUCGGUGCACUACCGGAACAAACGGAUGAAAAAUGAGGCCCUGGAGCAGAUCAGCGCCAAGCUAAAGUGUCCCAAGGAGGAGAUAGCCAAGAAGAUAUGUACGUUGCGCGUACAGUUCAGCAGGGAGAACGUCAAGGUGAAACGGGCCCGGGAAUCCGGCACCGUGUACAACCCCAAGUGGUUCGGCUAUCAGCUGUUGUGUUUCCUGAACGACCAGUCUCGGUAUACGAGCCAGCCGAUUAACAGCUAUUCAACAGGAUGCGCCUCUAGCGCCGCCGUCGGGGCGUCCGGAUCGACGACGUCCUCCGCCGCCACGCAAAACGUGAGUACCUAUAAUAAUAUUAUUAAUAUGUGGUGUUAUCUGGCCGGUGGCGGGUCAGGUACCCGGGUCCCCAACCCAAAUCGUCCGGCAAGCGAGUGACUUGGGUUCGAUUCCCGGUUCGGCCGCCUGAUGUUUAGACUCGUUAUAUUAGGCGCAAUUAUCGCGGCCGUGAUACAGGCAAUAAAAUUAUCGCGACUGCGCUGCCGAUCGCGUUUAGCAGAUGUAAUGACGGCGGCGACCAACGAUCGAACCAGCCCGGUCUCUCCCGAUGAUUGUGAUAAUAAUAAUUCGUAUAGUCCGGUCGAUAAACAAGAAAAAAUCUCCCGGAACGAACUGCCGGCGUAAAAUGUAUUUAACGUCUGGGCCCGUGAACCGCGUCGGUGCCGGGCGAACGGGACGGUGACCGGUCGCCGAGUAACCGCCGAUGUCGCUGGAUGCACUACUUUUGUAUACGUUACCGUCGUUACCGCGGGUUACCGUUGCGACGGUCGCUGCGUGGACGAACGCUACGCUUGCGCUCGCCGCCCGCCGGCGCGUCACCGAAUAUUAACGCGUUCAACCACCACGGACUGGGUAUGGGGUGCGGCAGCGAGAGAAUGCCGAUAAAAUACGCGCCAAAAACUUCCCUCCGCCGAUCAUCGGAGGAGGACGGCAAUCGCCGCGGUUUACACGUUUGAAAAUUGCGUUUCCGUAUAACUGUAUUUUACCGGCACGUUUGUGUACCCGUUACCUGUACAAUUUUUUUUUUCUAAAAAAGUACCGAAUUGUUCGAAAAAAAAAAAAACAAAAACAAUAUGACAGCGUGAACGUUUUUGUACGUAAAAGUAGUUUGAAAUGUCCUGUGAUUCGAGUAAUCAUCACUCGAGCGCUCUUACGAAAGAAAAACAACAAACAAACUAUUUGUUUGUUAUUACGUCACAUGUAAUUAACUAUUAAUUAUUAUUAUUGUUAUACUACGAUCGGCAUCGUAAAUUAUAUCACCGUCAUAAAACACGGAUAAUAUGCAGAAUCAUUUGUCUCGUAUGACCUCGGAGUCAAAUCGCUCAAAUUUGUUUGGUGAAUAAUACAUUAAAAAUCUUAAAGAUCUAAGGUUACUGUAGAAAAAUAAUCGCUUCGAAUCAAAUACUUGCAUGAAAAUGAAAUAGCCAGGCGUGGUUUCACCGUGGUUAGGCCAACGAUUCUGAGCAAAAUGGUAUUGGUCGUAGGUAUUCGUGUAUUUUUUUUUUUUUUUUAUAUGCGUUUGAUUUCCAAAUUCUGUCAAAAAUCGUAAAAAUGACGGCAUUUUAAAACAUCUAUAUAUUACUAUAUCGUUCGGAAUGGUUUACCGUUGCGUACAAAUAUAAAUUAAAUAAUUUGGUAUGUAUCCUACCUUCCCAGUUUUCCAACUAAAGCAGUGGUACGGCCAUCGGCAGUAUCGGUUGUUUUUUAAUUUUUAGAAAAACUUGGGAAUAGAUAUUUUUUCCUUUAAUGUAUCUCACCAGUCGAAAAAUUAUCACCUUUUUUUAAGGUAGGUAGAAUGCGAGCAUUUUUACUUUCCAAAAGAGAGUGUUCUGAGAAAUAAAAACACACACAUUUUAAACAAACGGCAAGUAACUUCUUCGCUACACUCAAAAUCCAAAAAUAUAUCGUUUGAAUUGAAAUACACAGAAUAUACACGAAACCUGAAAUAACUUUUUAAUAUGUAUGUUUGAUCCUAAAAAUAAAAAUCGGUUUACAAAAUUUGAGAUAGUCAUUUUAUGAAAAAUAUAUUAUUUCAAAAAAAAAAAAAUGUUAGUGUUACAAAUCUUUGCUAAUGGGUAAUCGGUAAGUUUCUCGAAAAUGUUUAAGUUCACAGAAAUUAUUAACAAAAAUAUUUUUCUUGGAAGAAUUGGCGAGGAAAAUAAUUUAAAAUAUCGUAAACUUCAGAAGAUUGUAGACAAUUAUCGAUUCAUCCCCAGUAAAUAUUUAUGUACCAACAAUUUGCUUCAAAAUAUAUUUAUAAAAUGGCUAUCUUGAGAUUUGUAAAGAUUUAUUUUUUUUAUUUUUUUAUUUAAAAUUUUUAGCCCAUGUUUGAAGAUCUACUAGGGUUUUUUUCAUGGAUACCUUAAACGUGAAAAACAUCAACAUCUUUUACCAUAUAAUAUGGAAACUGCAUUAUCGUUACAUACGAUACACAUACGAUUAUCAUUGCAAAUACGUCAUAUGGUUUUUUAUAUUAAGUAUUAACUAUCGGAACUCUUCGUUAUUUAUUAUUAUAUUAUCAUCGUCAUAUUUAUAUUUACAUUGUUAUGUAUUUCACCGUGGCGUUUAUUCGUCUGCUUAAUAUUAUUAUAUUUUUAUCGGAUUUGUCACCGUAUAUACCUAGAUAUUAAGUAUAUAUUACUUUUGAAAACAAGAGGCAACGAUUGGGGAGUUUACAACACGAUUUUUUGUUUCGUUUAAAUAAAAAAACAGUUUUUUAGAAGGUUCCAAAGAAAUAGCUCAAACAGAUACUUUUAAUAUAAAAUCUGUCAUAUUUUGAGUAUUCAGGCUAUCAUUACAAAGUUUUUUUUUUUCAUUUAUAAAUAUUUCAGAUGGGUAGAGUAUUUAAGUACCGAACAAUAUAGUGUUACUCGUGUUGUUGAGUUUGUACUUCAAACUUCAAAGCUUUUAUCAGUACUCAAUAAACAAAAAAUAAAAAGAACUCUUAUCGCUAAGAAGGCGUGCAAUUUGGCUGUAAUAAUUGUUGUAUGUUGGCAAAAACUACUCGGUCAUAGACCUAAUUUAAAACAAAAUGUUCACCUCAAAAAAACAAAAACUUGUACUUUACACUGUGCGGUGUUGGUUUUAGUUUUUUGAUUCCACAAAUAAUUUAAAAAAAAUACAUUAUUGUUCUAAAAUCUGAUAAUGGUAACGAGAUGCACGGCCUUUGUUAAGGAUUUAAAACAGAUAAUAUUUUGUUCUUUCUUUGUCCGACACAUACACUGGAUAAACUAGAAUUUUCCGGAAAAUAAUCAUACGGACUAUAAUAUUCCGGAAAAAAAAAAUCAUUAGUAGCAUAUUUUAUAUGGACUGUAAAAUCCCGGAAUGUAUAAAUUUACAAAUAAAAAAACGGCGGACUGUUAAAAUCCGGAAAGCAUAAAUAUUCAUACCAGAAAUUUUUUGACUAUAUUAAUCUGGAAUACAAAAAUACGCACACUAUAAUGUCCCAAACAAGAACUUUCCGGAAUUUAACAAAAAAACAUUGAUAGGUGGCGAUGUUUCGUACACACAGUACAAACAGAAUAAACGAAUUAAGAUUAAAAGAAGAUUCAUGAUUUUAUGGUUGUUUUCAGAGAUGGAUAGACAUGCCGGUAGACAUGUGACCCGGUGUCACGAUUGUCAGUAUUAAUAGUGUUUUUUUUAAAUUCCGGAUCAUUCUUGCGCGUGACAUUCCGGAAUUUUACAGUCCGUACCAUUAUUUCCCGGGAUUUUCUAGCCGUCCAUACACAGCACAGCAAUUUAUACCAAUUGUCUGUCCAUCAAUACGAGUGAUAUGAAUUCUGAUAAUAUAUUUAAAUUUGCUAUGAAGUGUUCAUCGAAAGUGUUUAUGUGUUCACGUUCUUCAAAUUUCAGUGCUUAACUUCUAAAAAUUAUGGAAAAUAUGGAUAUUUAUAAAAACGUUUUAAAAAAGGACGCACAUACUUUAUACGUGGAUGUAGUCACUGUUGUAGGUAGGAAGUAGGGAAGGUAGGAUACAGACGGGAAUUUAAUGUAUAUCUGUAAGCAACGAAAAAACUAUUCUGAGUGGAGUUUAGUUAAUAUUAUUGUUUUCUCAGCUAUAUACAUAUAUAUUUGUCAUAUUAUGGUAAAAAUGAUUAUAAUAAUGUGCGUUUACAUGACAACAAUUGUUUAAAAAAAAAAAUGUUCAAAUAAUAGCAAUUGUUAAUAAUAAACGGAAUACAAUGAAAUAAUUGUAUUCCGUAUUUCAGUAUUUUAGUAUUUGUAUCAAUAUACAAAUACUAAAAUACUUCAAACAAUCAAUUGACAAGUAAAGAAUUGCUAUGUAUGAGUCAAAGUUUGGUUAUAUAUGAAUAAAUCGCUUUUUAAUUCGUUUAUGGUUUUCAUAAUUCUAUUGAGCAGUGUAUUCCUUGCAUUACUAGUUAGUUAUCUACGUGUUAAGACGUAUUACGAGUAGAAGCAUGGCAGAGAGAAAAGACUUUAAAAUUCAGGACAGACAUUAGUAUUUCCGGCUAAAAUCUUACACGAAAAGUAGAAGUUUAAACCUAAACGGCGCGUAGCGUUGUUCAAGAUACUUGACGUUUUGAAUUGAUAAAAUCGGGGAGUGGUGGAAUGAGGUUCCCUGGUUAAGGAGCAUUUAAAAGAUAGAAAUCGUAAGAAUUUUUUCUAGUUUGCAUUUAAGAUCUGAUUAGUAUGGAAACAAUAUUAUUGAGCCAAACUCACAUAAUAAAACAUAUCAAACAGCAAAAUAAGUAUUUUAGAGCAAUUUUAUUAUUAAACACAGCACAAUACUCAGCACAGUUACGAUGAAUGAAAUCUAAGAUUUUGUUUAAUCUGUUACUUUACAAUGCUCUUAAUGUGACAGUUUAAUUUAGGUUUAGGGCCAUAGAAAAUAUCAAUUAUAAUUCAAUGAAGUGUUUCUCCGUUGAGAUUGUAAUUAAAUUAUGAAACAACUCGCGCUCUAGAAAAUGUCAUUAUUUGGCAUUUAUUAUUAUUAUUAAGAGUGAAAUUAUUUUUAAUUUACUAUUUAGAGUAUUUUGGAAAACUUAUGUCAUUACCAUAAAUGUAUCCAAAUAAGAGUUAUUUUAUGUACAUAAGACUAUACAAAACUCUGUAUAGUUUAUUAGUCGUUUAAAAAAAAAAAAAAAAAAAAUCGUUUUACUAAUUUACUUAACUUCCAAAAGGCGAAAAAUAUGUUUGUCAUGUGUGUCAACGUGUGUAGUAGUGAUUAAUGACAUCGAAAUCGUUUUAUGGUUAUGAUUAUUUUUUUUUUUUACAUUAUAUUAAUUCAAUUCAAUCUACAUACUUAGUUAAAAACUGGGUCAUGUUUAUUUGUUGAAACCAUUAACCUGACUGUAGACAGUAUAGAAAAAGAAUAGUCAUUCUACGAAUUUAAAAUUUGACGUUUAUUUUGAUAAUAAUAACGUAUUAUUUUGUAUAGGUAAUUUGGCGUAAUUCCAUUAAAUUUCAGCGGGUUCAAAACCUCUAUUGUCCCAAUAAUCAAAGUUAAAGUUAUUUAUGUCAUCUUCAAUGACGCUAAGUUCAGUCGUAACUUUUUAUACAAACAAUUUUUUUGUUAAUCCAAUUAUAGCGUGUCCGCUCAAUAUACUGAAAUGCAUUUUUCUCCUGCGUGGUGGCCGGUGAGCAUUGGUUGAAAAUUUAAAAUGAAACUAUCUCCUAGCAUGCAAUUUUCAAUGUUUUCCUAUUAUUACGAAUUAUGUUAGAUAUUUCAAAAAAUGACUAUUGUAAAUCAACUAAAUUCAAAACUCUUAUGAAGUUUUUGAUUAGCGACAUUGUUCAAAGUUAAAAACCUUAAGUAAAACUGAGUAUCGAAAAAAUCGUACUAGGGAUGUCUAAUCAAUCAAUCUACCGAUAACAAAUAAAUAAAUAAUGAUAACAAUAGGUAUAUCCCAAAUAAAUAAUAUUUGUUAUGACAUUAUACAGUCGACAAAACAAUGAAAAACUUUUAGAUUCUGAGCGGAGUGAGAAAUGUAUUGGUUUUACAAUGAUGUAUAUAUUUAUUUUUAAUUUGUUUUAUAUACUGUAUACAAAAAUUAUACCAGAAAUCUUGGUCCGAUCUUCUAGCAUAACACUUUUCCUGAAAGGGAUUUUCUUGGGGUGAAAAAUUUUCAAAAUAUUUGAGCCAUUUUAGCUAUGAGACAUUUUAAUUUUGCGUGUUUUCUACGUAAUAUUUAUUCGGCAGGUACUCUGUGGAUAAAAUUGUGAGACCAAAUAAAUAUGUUUGACAAUUUAGCAGGAGGUUCAUUAUAAUCUGGUAAACAAAAAAAAAUAGAGUUUAAUGUAAAUUUUUUUUUUUUUUUUUUUUAUGUAUACGAAUUUUAAUAUAAAGUUUUGACAAAAAUCGUUAAUACUACGACCUUUUAAACAAGUAUAACCGAAAUCUACUCAGAAUUGUUUCCAACCUCUCACCUACAAUAGUGGCCCAUCCAGCGCACGAAGCUUAUCCGUUUUUAUUAUUUUUUUUUUUUUUUAAUAAAGCUAAAGUUCAGUUCAGUUAAGUCAUACCUACUGAUUUGCAAAUUUAUAAUUGUAUUCCUUGAUUCAAUACAUUCUUUAUCAAGUAAAGGUAAAUAAACAUUAACUGAUAUUGUUGUAUAAUGUAUAUAGAUGGCGGAUGGUGUAGAAUAAUAGAAAUAAAUAAUAUCAAUUUGUUUAUAAAAACUGCUUGCUUAAUUUUAUCAGGCAUUUACGUCUGCCAAAAAAUUAUACAAAAUCUAUCGUUGUAUAGCUUUAAAAAGUUAGUACAGCUCUUGGUUCCUAUGAACAAUAUUACGUAUUAUAUAUAUAUAUAUAUAUGUGUGUGUGGGAAUCAUUUCUCAAGUAUUCGGUAUGAAAAGUGUUUAUAUGUAUUAUUAUUAAUUUAUAUAAUUAUAUUUACAAACUGGAUUUAAUUAUUUUGUAUUUUCUCUUUACCUUAUCUGAAGGUUAAGAGGUUAGAAGAAAAAGAGAGAGAAGACCGAAAAAGAGGCGUUUGGACGCAAUUGAGAAUUAUAUGAGGAUGGCGGGUGUAAGCGAGGAUGAUGUGGAGAAUCGGGCACAGUAGAAGUUUAGGACGAGGAUGGUUGACUCCAAAUAGAUGUGAUGAAUGCCAAAGAGAAGAAUAAGACCUUUUUUGAACGUUACUUCAUCGUGCUUCCAAUUGAUCCAUGGUUUUGUAUUGAAUAUUAGGUAGCAAGUCCAUCUAUUUUUGUCUUAUCGUUUCCCAUUCGCAAUGCCAUUCGCCUACUGUUUCCAAUCUCCCUGCUUCCAGUUUCUUGCUGACUAUAGUACACUAUAAAGCACUGGCCCACACGACUUAAGCAACUUCAUAAUUCAUAAUAUAGUUAUACACAAAUGUUGACGGAUAUUACCAGUUGUUUUUUUUCGUUGAAACAUACUGCAACAUUUAUAAAUUUAAUACUGCCUUCGGACGUAUCUGUAUACGUCAUAUAAUAUCGGAAAAUUUAUAACAAAACCACAAUAUAAAGUGUUCGGUGUUCCUUUAAAAGUUAAACCUUGACUAUACUUUAAAAUUAAAAAUAUGGAAAAUAUACCUGUAUAAUAUAUUAUAUGCAUAUAUAUGGAAGUAUUUUAUUAUAUGACUCAAUAAAGUUGUUAUUCAGUUUUCACCACUGAAAUCGUAUAAUUAUAUAAUUAAAAUCUAAUUAUAAAAAAAUAAUUUUGUUUUUGUAAUAUGUUUAAAUUUAAACGCAACCAAAUUAAACACAAUUAUUCAACAAACAUAUAAUCGCUGCAAAUUGUUGUUAUUUAUUUGAUUCGAAAUUGUAUAAGUUGGAAAAUUGUUAAAUAAAUCGGUUCGUUAAUAAUUUUAGAUUUUGAGCACAGCGAAGAAUGUAUUGGUUUUACAAUGAUGUUUUGUUUUUUUUUCUGUAGACAACUUUUCUACCAGCAAUUUUGCUCCGUUGUCAAUGAUAGUAUUUUUUCUGAAAAGAAGUCGGAUUGGGAAGUACUUUGAGGAGUACAUAGAAUUUUCUCAACGGGAAAAACGAGAAAAUAGGUACAAUAUUAUACAAAUAUUAUUAAAAAAAUUAUAUAAUACAUAUGUAAUUAUUUAAUUACAUGACAUAUACAAGUAUAUUGUUGUCAAAGUAACACUAUCAACCGAACUCCACUCAGAAUCGUUUUUUCGUUAGCAAUGAUUAAUCAUUGCUUACAGAUAUACAUUAAAUUACCCAUACCAGUAGCUGCACUCGUCUCCGUUAUCCUAAGAAAACUUUUUUUAUUGUAUGUAUAUUAUUUUUUUGGAUUCCCAUGUUUGGAUUCUUUUUGUUUCUUCCAAAAUUAAUAUUUUUAUAAAUAUAUAGGUAUACAAUACAACAAUUUUAAAAAUUAAAUAGAAAUUGAAAACUGAACAUUUAACAACACAUCUUUUCUGUUUCCAUUUGUUGUACUAGAAAAGAAAAACAUCAAAUAGUGAUAAUUUCGGUCCACACAUUUCUGCACGAGAUUUAAAAUAUUUAUUUUUUUUUUUUAAAAAUGUCUAACUGCUUUAUAUAUAUUGUUAUAUUGUUCGAACAAUAAAAUCGCACUGAGGUACUUUCCAUUUUUUGUUAUAAACUCUGAUGUAUCCUAUAUAUAGAACCCACUAGAAAAUCCUAAUAUUUACGGGUCCUGUAUUUUACAAUAUUUUACUAUAGUGAUGUGUGUAUAUUUAUUUUUAAAAAUAAGCAGGAUCCGAUAUUUUAUUAUUAUACAAUAUGAUUAUAUACAACUUGCUUUAAUUUAGUAAAGGCUGUCGACCCGAUGUAUAUUUUCUACAAAACCAUGUCUCGCUGGGUAAACUCUCAUCCCUCAUAGAAGAGUCAGAUUUUGAUCUUGGGUUUUUAAAUUUAAAAAAAGGAAGACUUUUUGAAGGUCUUAUUAAAUUAUAAUCUUUAAAAUUAUUAGAAACUGUAGGUAUUAUGCUUUGUUUUUUUUUUGCCAUAUUGUAUAAUAUAGUAUCCAUUCAAAAUUAAAAGUUCAAUGCGUCCUGUAAAAACGUUUUGUUCUUCCAAAUAGAAAAUAAAAAAUAAAAAUUGGAACGUUUUACAAGGAUUGAGAAUUUUCUCCACGAAGUUGUUUUCAUCUGUAAAAAUGACCGUACUCCUCUUCCCUGUGGAUAUUGGGCAGUAUAUUAUAUUAGAAAAAGUCUUAUAAAAUAUUAAAAAUAAUUUUCGAAUUUUACAAAAAUUGAAGAAAAUUUGGAAAGCCAACUACAAUAACCUUAAAAUAAUUAAAAUUGCAAUACAACUGUAGAAAUCUUGAAAUCUUAUUCCAAUUAAAAACUUCAUUUACACUUUCUUGUAACAUUUUUGAUCUAAUUUGUAAAAUUAGGUCAUUUUCAGAUUUUUCUUACAGUAACUUUAUAAAAUAAUAUAAAAACUGGCAAUUUUUGGUAUAAUUUUUUUUGACCUAGCCUUACAACAAACAAAAGCUCAACUUAUCAUAUUCUGCUGAAAAUGGUUUUUCGUUAAUAGUCUUUUAUCAUUGUGUACAGAUAUAAAUUUAAUUUCUCUAUUUAUCCUCCCUUCUAACUACUCUACUAAAACAGUGACACACCCAUUACUAGUAUUAGCCUUAUAUUGUUUUUCUGUGAUAUUUAGGUAUUACAGAAAAAAAAAAAAAUAGCAAUUUAACACAUUAUGUAUAGUGGAAUCAUUUUUUGUCGGAAACGUCUUCAGUCUGUCAACAAUAUUAUCAUACAAGGAGGGGGGACUCCUUCAAAUUUCCGAUUGAAGACUUGAAAAAAUUACUGAUAACACGGGGUGACAUUCAUCAGUCAUCAAUCAUUGUGUGUUAUUCUAAUAUUUAUAACUUAUGAGUCACGUUUUAUUAUACCAAUAUAAUAUAAUAUAAUAUUAUUAUGAACAUUUCAUCUAGUUUUGUUUGGCAUUGGUAAAUAUAUGGAGGACAUUAUGAUUAUGGGAACACACAACUUUUAUCGUUUUGUGUAAAUAAAAUUGAAAUAAGUUUAAAAGGUUAUUUUGAACAUUUGAAUAUUUAAAAAAAAUAAUAAUACCAUAGACGUCACUUCCUCGUAUAGUUUUGUUUGGAUACAAUAUACAGUAAUAAUAAUACUUCGUCCAUAGUUUGAUAACUUAUAUUAUUUAAUAACUAAUAAGAUAUAAGGCUAAUUUGUUUCAUAAAUAGGUGCCAAAGUUUAAUACAUAUAGUUGAAUUGAAAAACAUAAACAAAAAAGAAAAGAAAUAUUAUUGUCAACAGAUAUUUAAGUAUUUAUUCGGGGGGAAUUUUAUUUGAAAAGCAAUAAAUUAAGAAUAAAUCUCUUGGCAAUUAUUUUGUCGUAAUAUAUUUAUAUCUCUAUGUCCUAUAUGGCCCGGAAUUAUAUCCGUUUAAAAAUUGUCAAAUAUAAUGUAAAUAUGCAUACAAUAAAGUGGCUGAAUAUGCAAUCGUAUGGAAUAGUAUACUAUAUUCAAUAUAAAUUAAUUUUAAACAAAAAAAACAUUUUUCAUCAAAAAUAGUACUAAACUACUACAUUUUUUUUUUUUUUUUUACCAGAAAUAAAUACUUGUUAAAUCUAUGAAGAAGUAUCCGAACUAAAUGUUGUGCAUCGCUCAAACAAUCAAACUGCGUUCGUAAUAAUUUUUCAACUAAUUUAUAAAGGCGAAUUCUAUUUGUCUAGAUAUAAUUCUACUUUACAUUAUAAAGGGUUCUCUUGCGACCUCAUAAUAUCUUGCAGAACCAUUUAUUAAAAACAAAAAUAUAUAAUAUAAUAGGUCUUCGUAAUACAUUGUUUGAAAACAAAACCCAAACUACGUUUUGUUUUAAAUUGAAUGCACCUAAGUACCUAUUUUAAUUGGUCUGAGAACGAUUUAGACGAGAUACAGCAUAAAAUAUUAUGGUUUAAAUUAAUAAACCAACGGACAAUGGUAAAAUUGCGCUAGUGUUAAAAAUUUUAAUGAAUUAAUUCUGAAAUUAGUUAAUAAGAAAAACUUCAUACAUUUGCAUGUACCGGUUUCUUUCAAUAUUUUCCGGAUGUUUAUAAGUAACUCCGUUUAUAUUUAAAUUGUUCUACUUUUUUUUUUCUUUAUAGGAUUUUUUAAUUUUUUAAUUUUUAGACAUUUUCAAAAUAACCGAUACAUAAUAGAUAUUAUUCUGAAUAUGUUAAUCUACACAUAUCCGAUGAAAAGUAAUAGUCGUUUUAAUUUCUUUACCGCGUUACGUAUAAAACUAUUAACUAAUUACUAUUUUUACGAUAAAGGGUUUUCAUUUUAUUCUGUACCUCUUAGAAAUUAAUUAUUGUAAUAUAAAUUUAAAAUUUCAUUUAGUAAUUUAAAUGGUUAUUUCUAAGAAACUAUUGAUUGUAUAUAAAUGUGUGAUGAUUGAUGAUACAUUACAACUUUUAGAAUAAUAAACUUUAAAAAUUUUGAAAAGUUAAAGAUAAAGUUAUUUUUUUUUAAAAAGGAUGAAAAUACAAAUGAAAUUUGUCACUUCUCAUGUGUCCCCUAAACACAAAACCUGAUUGACAAAAACAAUUAAAUAUUAACAUCUGUAAAACAUUGUAGGACACUGUAUAAGUUAGGCACUUGAAAUUAUGUGCAUACAUUUAUUAUUUAUUUUUAAAAUAUUUUGUUUCUCGACCGGUUAAGAUUAUUGACCUUUUUGAAAUCGAUAAUUUUCGAAAAUGUUUGUUUGUAUUAAAUCAAAGGGAAGUACCUAAUAAUAAUUAUGUAAACAAGAAAAAUCCAAUGGAUACAACAAUAUAAGCAAAAAUUAAUAAUUACUAACACAAAAUUAUUUUAUUUUUACGAAUCUCAUAUCUCGAUCUAUGAGGUAAAUAAUAAAUACCUAUAGUAAUUUAUUAUACCUAUGAUAUUUUAAUAAUUAUAUAGGUACCUCUAUACAUUCCUAAUUUAUUCAACAGUAAUAAAACAGUAUGACCUUCUAGAAAUCUAGAAAUUAAUAGUUAUUGUAAUAGCUGGGGAGGAGAAAAAAGCCGCAGUACAUUAUGGACAUUUGUACACCGUCGUCAUAAUUACCAGCGAGAAAUCAUAUAUUAAAAAAACGAUUUGCAAAUGUUUACCGGAAGAGGUAUAUUUUUCUCUUUCAGAAUGACAACACUCUUGGAUUGUUUUAAUCGGGAAAGUAAUUAGGAAAAGUGAUAAUAAUUUACCGAGUAUUCAGUUUUCGAAGUUGGUGUACCUGAUUCAGAUUUUGUUAUCUUCGGUUUCUUAUCUUCAGGAAAAGUGCCCGACGGCCCAGUUACUGAUAAUAUCACGUAUGACUGAUAAUGUGCUAUCUCUAAUUAUGAUUUUCAUUUUUGUUUACAUAUUGUUAUAAUAUUAGGUGCAUAUUGUUUACAUAUUACAUGAUAUAACAAUACCAGCAAAGUGUGUUACCAUAAAACACCUAGUUGUUAAAAUGUCUUUCCUUAUGUAAUACCUAUGUGUUUAUUGGUUUUAACGUUUAUAUGUUGUAGUAUUUAAAUUUGAAUUGUAUCUAUAUAUAUAUUGAAUUUUCGUUUCUGAAAAAUAUUAAAAUUAGUAAAUAAAACAAUUUUACAUAAUAUAAAAAAAACGGUUACUUAACAAUCACUUAAAAUGACUGGUAGAAGAAAACACCCAAUUUGGUUUCAUUUUGACGAGAACAUUACAGAAGGAAAAACUAAACGUGCAAUAUGUAAAGAUUGUAAAGUAUCAAUAGUUGCGCUAGUGGAAAGGAUGUUAAAACACAAAAUGACGUGUUCACCCCAUUAUGUAAAUGAAACUAUUGAAAAUAAUUAUAACAAUGAUGACUCUGUAGAAGAGAAAAGCAUUUCAAGUAACAAUAAUUAUUAUGAAACAGAAACAUUAAAUACAAAUUUAAACAGUGGUAAUUUUUACAACAAAUCCAAAUAUUUGACCAAUUUAAUUAAUAUACACCUAAAAUUAGAUAUUUUUCAUAUUUUACUUAAAGUAUCAUAGUAUAGACUGCAAUGUUUGUUUAUUCUGUACAAAUAAUAGUAGAUCUUUACCUAAUGUACAUAUUUUUAUUAUUAUUAUUUUUUUUUAAUUUUGGGUUGGGUUUCCUAGAGGUUUUUUAUUGGAAAUUUAGUGCGCUUGACUUAAAAAUAUUGAAUUCAAUAUAAAUAAAUAUUUUAUUUUUUGGUUAUUAACUUUAAUUUUUAAGUAUAAUAUGUUGGUUUUGUUUGUUUGUUUUCAGUGGAUAAACAUAAAAAUGUAUUAUUGAAAUUAAAACAUUCCUUUAAACAAAAAUUUGAAACAUAUAAAAAAAUUACGAAGACAGAAAGUGAAAAAAUAGAUAAACAAGUGGCAAAGAUGAUAUUAUCAACCAAUUCUUCCUAUAAAUUAGUUGAACACCCAGAGUUCAAGGCAAUGAUUGAAAUGUUAAGGCCUGGAUACAAAGCACCAAAUAGACUUAUAAUCGCUAAUGAAUUGUUAAAUAAAACAAAAAGUACAAAUUUGAAAAAUAUUAUGCAUACUCUAUGUGGUAAAUCAGUAUGUAUGGCCAUUGAUGGGUGGUCAGGUGUAUAUAAUGCCUCUACAAUUUGCAUAUUAAUUUAUAAUGUUGAAGAACAAAUUGUGCAUUUGGUUGACACUAUUAAUACAAAUGAUCAACCUCAUACAGCUGAGUAUCUCUGUGAUAUGGUUGCAAAAUCAAUUUGUAAAUGUCACAAUAAUUAUAACUGCCAAGUAACUAGUAUAGUUUUCAAUAGUGCAAUUAGUGUACAGGAUAUGCACGAAAACCUAGCUAAACAUCCCAAUUUAAAAGGAAAAUAUAUUCUAACUUAUAAAUGUAAUUCACAUAUUUUGAAUUUAUUAUCGAGAGAUUUUCAAAUACCUGGCAUAGUUGAUAAUUUAAAAGCUGUGGUAAAGUAUUUUAAAGAUACACCUUUUGUUGAAUCAAAAUAUAAAACUGCCGGUGGAAAUACGAUUAAUCUACCAUUAGAAGUCAAUAAUUGUAGUUCACUAAUAGAUAUACUUGAAUCAUAUGUUCAAAAUGGACCUAUAAUAUCAAAAAUAUGUUAUGAAAAUAAUGAUUUUAUUGACCCUGAAAUAAUUAAUAAAGUAAAUAAUAUGAAUUUAUAUAAUAAUGUCAAAGAAUAUUUAGAUAUACAUCAAAUGAUCUCAAUAGCCUUAGUUAAAUCUCAAAGUGAUACGUGUACUAUAGGAGAGGCCACAGAAAUAUGGCUUGAUCUCAUGAAUAAAUUUGAAACCAAAUCUGAUGUAGUGUAUAUGAAAAUUAUUCAACAAUUUGAAAUAGCUACUACACCUGCACACUAUUUAGCUAAUAUAUUAGAUCCCAGGUUUGAAGGGAAAAAAUUGAAAAGAAGUCAAUUAGACAAAGUUCUAAAAUAUGUAGAAACAUAUCAUCCCAAUGUACUAUAUGAUCUCAUAGAAUACCAAGCUCACACUGGACCAUUUAAAGAUUUUUUGUUUACUGUUGCCAAUGAACACCAUAGAAAUAUAAAACCUAUCGUAUGGUGGAAAUCAUUAGAAAAAACUGAACACAGUCGUAUAAGUGAACAAAUGUUUGUUUUAAAUAAGCAGUUACACUCAACUAUAGCUAGUUCUUCAGGGAUUGAUCAUAAUAUGUUUCCUACUUUUGGAUUAACGAAUAGCAAAGUAAGAGAUAUAUUAGUUACUGAAAAGACAUUAAAAUUGUAAUUGCGCAAAUAUAUAUAUAUAUAUAUUUAGAUCAUACAGAAUAAUCAAUUCGAAAGUAGAUAAUAAAUUAUAUUUAACUUAAAAUAUAAAAAUAAUAUAUUUAUAGUUAAUUUUGUAUUAUUCUCUUAAAAUAUUCAAUAGACAUGAAGUUAUUGUUAUUAAUAUUAGGUAUUGUGUUAAACUAUUUUACUCUAAAAUAAGGUGUAUCAAAAAAAAAAAUCAAUAUAUAAGUUUAACCAAAAAAAGACAUUUUUAUUUACCUAUUUUGAAAUAUGAAUUUAUUGUUAUUCAUAUUAUUUUAUAUUACUCAAACUACCAAGUUAUGCGAACUAUAUAACUUAAUUUCAAAAAAUAUUUUCUUGUAAUAAGUAGAUAAUUAAAUAUUCUAUGUUUAUUAAUUAUCUAGUGCGGCAAUAAAUGACAAUUAUAUUUUUAUAUUUAAUUUGCAGUUAUUAUUUUAACUAAAAAAUCAAUUAUUAUUAUUUAGCCUAAAAUUAUAUUGUAUUCUAUAAUACUAUUAGAUUAUAUUAGAAUGAUUGACUUAAUAAUUAUUACAUAUACAUUUACAAUAAAAUCGGUUUUUGAAAUAAAUAUUUAUUGAAACUACAAAAUUAAUAAGAUAUAUUUAAAACUGUUAAAAACAUUGAUAUAUCCUGCUUAGAAUAUAAAUUUAAAAACAUUUGUUGAUUAAUAUUUUACUUAUAUGAAAUUAUAAUAUAUGUUUCAGCAAGCAGAUGUAGAAAACCCAAAUUUUCAAUGGAAUCACAAAUCCGAGGAUAGUUAUGCAGAAGUAAAUGAUACUAAUGCAAGUGGCUAUGAAGCAGACAGUGUACUGGCAUCAAUGAUGCAUGAGCAAGAGUCAAUAGAUUACUAUCACAACCAGGAGCCGAUAAUAGAUGUCCAAGAGCACCAAACAUGGUUGUCUAAUCGGAAAUACCGUGGCAUGCUACGGGGAGCAGGUAGUGACUAUUCUGAUGAUGAUGGUGGAGGAACAUUAAGUAGUAGAAAGGUGAUGCGCAUGUCAAGGCCAGACACAGUAUUUGAUGAGUUUAGCACAUUUUCGGACUAUGUGGCUGAACGUAUGCGUAACCUGAAAGCAGACAAAGCUCUUCAGCUGAUGGCUCGUCGUGAUAUCGAACAAGUUUUGUUCAAGUAUGAAAUGAAACUAUUGGAACAGAACAGAGAUUUACAGCAGCAACAACAACCAGACACUGAGGCAGCCACCACAUCAAAAUCAAUUUCACCGUCACCCAUAAGUGACUCGGAACAACCCUAAGUAUUACUACUGCUCUUGUGAUCGGUAAUAGGUAGUAGAUUCUAGACAAUAUGUACUCCUUACCAUCACUCAUUUUUGUAAAUACUAUAUACAUUAAUAUUAUUUGAAUUAUAACACCCUGAAGAUGUACAUAAUAUAUUUUAAAGAUAUCGAGGUAUGUUAGACACCAAAUUAUUAACAAGUGUCCAUUUUUGGUUAUUACAAAAACUAUAAGAAAAUAUAUUUAUAUAUUAUUUGAUUCCUAUACAUUUUCAUUAUUUUAUAAAUUAAAUAUAAUAUAUUAAUGGGUAGGUAUUUACUUCUAUAGCUAAGUCGCAUAUUACCGAACCAGCCAAUGAGAACUAAUGUAUUUGAACACGGCACUUAGGCUCUAGCUGAUUUAGUAAUACACAGAUCAAUAUAAAAACUAUUGUUUUAUUUAUUUAGGUAAACUAAACACCUUGAUACAAACACUGUUAUUUUAUUUUAUUAUGACAAUAAUCGUAUGGACCCAAAAUAAUAAAAUAUUUAUUACUCAAGUACCAUUUUGUUGUUUGUAAAGAAUGUCAUCUAUUAAAAUUAGUUUGGUGCCUGUUUACAUAAGUCUGUAAAUAUGUACCCACAUUUGUAUGUAAUUUUUUUUUACUAAACUAGAUAGUAAAUUUAUGUUCCAGCAUUUUAUUUUAAAUAUUAUAUUAAUAAUAUUUUUUUAAAUCAUUCAAACAUCGCAUUAUGAAUAUUUUAUACUUUCUAGUUUUACUUUCCAUAAAUGUAUUAUGUAUGUAUGUAUGUAUAUAUAUAUAUAUAUAUACAAUUUUUUUUAAAAUUAUUAUUUAAAUGUAAUAAUAAUCAAUUUAAUUGCCUAAUGAAAAAAGCCAACAAAUUAAAAUAUUUUAAGAAAAUUGUUAUUUUUUCUUAUUGAAAUACAUAAAUCGUUCAAAAUAUUGAUAUGUAAAGAAAGCUUAAAAACUUUACUUAAUGUUCCUACCUGUACCUAAUAAUAUUUAAGGAUAUUACAUAAUUUAACAUUAAAUAUUAAAUAAUAAAUUCACCAUAUGAUUAGACAUAUUAAUUAUAUUCAUUAAAAAAAG